AUGGCUAGAUUGAGGAUGAUGAACAACAAUGGCGGAGAGGACAGACUGAGUUCUCUUCCCGAUCCCAUUCUCAUCGAUAUUCUCAGCCGUCUCCCUACCAACACCGCGGCUACCACUGCUAUUUUAUCCCCUCGAUGGCAUUAUCUAUGGACACAUAUCACUUCUAUCGACAUCAAUUGCCGCAAAUUCACUACCAGCAUCGAUAAGUUCGCAGAUAUCGACAAAGUCUUCCAAAGGUUAGCGUCUCCCUUAAUCAAUUCUUUUACUCUCCGUGGUUGUGACCGGUCUCGUGGGAGUGAAUGGUUAAGCGAUUUGUCUAAACACGUGAAUUCUUGGCUUCAUCAAAUUUGUGAUAGUAAAGUACAAAAAAUCUGCAUAAAAGUUAUAGAGCGUGAUUUUAAGUUGAUGAACACUGUAACGCCUUCAAUUAUUUUCCAAACUCCUGCGUUGGUUGUACUUGAACUCGUCUCCGAGUUGUCUUGCUUUGUGCCUGAUCAUGCUAUUAAAGAUGAUACAACCACGACCAAUUUCAACCUUCCGAAACUAAAGAAGUUGAGUGUGACCGUGUUGCUGUUUCAUUGUAACUUUUGGGGAAGACUAAUUAAGUCUUGUCCGUCACUUGAAAAUUUGUCCAUGGUUAUUUGUCACAUUCGUCAGCCUAGAAAAAUUAUCGCGGAUAUUAAUAUAUCCGCGAAAAAUUUGGAGCGGUUAAAUUUAGAGUUGAUUGGAUGCAAACUUUUAGCCAAAGUUACAAUUGAUGCACCAAGUUUAAAAUACUUGAGUGUAAGUGACUCAAAUCCAAGUUUGACAUUGUUACCUGAGUCUAAUGUGAUGAUCUUGAACAUCAAUAAAUUUCUUGGAUCAAUUUCUCAUGUGAGCUCCCUUACACUUGAUUUAAUCGCAUUCACCUUUUCGACUCGAUUUUACCCAAAUUUGAGCUAUCUUAGAUUGAAUACACAUUUUACUAACAAUGAGUAUAAGAUGCUCUUGGUAUUGUUUCGAUUAUGUCCAAAUUUGGAAGUACUUGUCUUGAGUAGUACGAGCUGA